UAUAGGGCACGUCUCGGUCAAAGCGAUGAGAGACGUCACGUGACAGCAUGUGAGCGGCCUGCUGACAGGAUGGAUGACAUCAGAGGCAUCGGGCUGAAAUGCAGUACUGUCAGUGUCGCUUCCCUCUUUCGUUUUCCCUCUUUCGUUUUCUUACAAAAACACAGCGCUCCCGUCCCGUCCUUGUCCACCCACCUGCCACCCUCUAACUUCACCCUCUACAGAUAUACCUAACACCACACAAACCCCCACCAACUCACUCACUCACACCAAGGAACGCAAGUCGGGAACAAAACGCCUAAUAUGCCAUCUAUCACAACGCCUCUCGUCCGGCCCGGCCGCCCUUCUUCACCACCCCUCCUCCGCACCUGCUGCUGCGGUGUGUUUUCGUUGAGGAUGGGGACUGUUCUGAUUGCGGCGUCUUCUUUGCUCUUUUCAAUCAUCUCCCUCCUCUACCUCUCCAACAUCCUCCGCCUCCCCCCCACCUUCACACCACCACCCUCCUCUCCCACCAACCCACCCUCGCCCACCCCCCCACCAGGCCUUCCCAUUCCCCUCCCCGUCCUCACCGCCCAAGACCUCACCCUAACCCUCACCACCCUCGCCAUGUCCGCCCUCGGCCUCCACGCCGCACUCACAAACAACGUGAGGAGAGUCAAGGUGUAUGCGUGGUAUACGGCAGUGAAGGUGGGCUAUACGGCGGUGCUUGCUGUGUACGCGCUGGUUGUCGCGUCCCGAGAGUGUGUUGAUCGUGAUAUGACGGCGGGGUAUGAUGUGGAUGUGGGAGAUGAUGGGAAGGGUGAUACACCGACAGCCCGCGUCAGCUGCGCGACGUUGAUCUGGGCCAUGUCGACCGGUUUAUUGAUUUCGACGGCGUGGAGUGUGUAUUUUGCGGUUUGUGUGUGGAGUUACUAUGUCGAUUUGAGGAGUAACCCACUGGAGUAUCAUGGAGUGGAUGGGUAUGUGGCUGUUGCGGGGGAUGUUGGGGGUGGGGAGGUGGUGGAGGAGGAAAGUGGCAGUGGGAGUGGGAGUGAAGGGACGGCGGCGGAGGAUUUGGAGGCUGCUGCUGGAGCGGGGAAGAGGGUUGGGAGGGGUUGAAGAGGUGGUGAAAUCCUGGGAUAGGGAAUUAGCGGACGGAAGAGAUUAACGGUGCUGGACUCGAGGCGUGACAUCACCCCUCCUUAGCGACACGACACUGCCGUCGCAUCGCCGGUCAACACACAUCUGAAGUCGGCGAAGACCGGCACAUCCGCACCACGUUGAUGAUAGAUGUUUGCGAUCUCGACAAAACGAACCCCGAACUUUGAAUCGGCGUAUAAUAUCCCCUCUCACUCCUAGUACCAACUCAUCGGUCAUCUCGCACCGUGUAUCCCGAUCCCAUGUGUAUAUAUUAGUCCCCUUUUGUAUGUGUAAAUGUCAUAAAUGCGUGCGCAUCUCAUUGAUUUCUUGCGGCGACCCCUCGCUCAUUCAUAU